CUUUUAUUAAAUUCUACAAAGCUUCCAUUUUUACGUUUUAUGAGCAUUUCUUCGAUCCUGUCUUCUAUGCAGUAAACAAUGUCGUUAACCUUCAAGCGUUUUAGGACUCUGCAGUUCCAAUGAUUCAAGCUCUCAGACAUGUAUUUCACUGUUCAACCUUUUCCAGUGUGUGUUCAGUGAACAAUCGGUGCCCUAAUUUUGCUUUCCCCCUUUCUCCGAGCUUUGGAAUGGCUCCGAAACGACGCCGUUCCAGUUCCCCUGCAUCAACCCUACCCAAACCCCAGAAGAACGCUUCAAAGUCUAAAGUUGCUUUGAAAAGUGGUGGCGUUGAUGAAUUUAAGGAACAACCAUCUGUUAGUAAAGCUAAUUCAAAACGUAAUGGUGAAGUGAAUCCAAGGUCGGAGAAUACCGUUGGAUGUGAUUCCGAGAACCUGUUGAUUGCUCGGUCAUCGGGAGAAGAAGGGGGUGAGCCUUGGAUAACUCUUACUCACAAGAAGCCUCAACCAGGGUGGGUUGCAUACAAUCCAAAAACUAUGAGGCCUCCCCCUCUGGCACCUGAUAAAAUGUGUAUGAAGGUAAUGUCGUGGAACGUCAAUGGAUUAAGAGCCCUCCUCAAGAUGGAGAGCUUUUCAGCUUUGCAACUUGCAAGACGAGAAAACUUUGAUGUCUUGUGCUUGCAAGAGACGAAACUUCAGGAGAAAGAUGUCGAUGCAAUCAGGAAUUCUCUACUAGAAGGUUAUGACAACAGCUAUUGGACGUGUAGUGUCUCAAAAUUGGGAUAUUCUGGAACAGCUAUAAUUUCGCGGAUAAAGCCACAUUCUGUAAGAUAUGGUUUAGGAGUAUUGGAUCAUGAUAGCGAAGGUCGCCUCGUGACUGUCGAAUUUGAUGACUUCUAUCUGUUGUGUGCAUAUGUUCCUAAUUCUGGAGAUGGUCUGAAACGUCUGUCGUAUCGAACCACUCAGUGGGAUCCUUCUCUCGGCGACUACAUGAAAGAGCUGGAACAGUCGAAACCUGUCAUUUUAACCGGGGACUUGAACUGCGCCCAUCAAGAAAUCGACAUUUUUAAUCCUGCAGGAAACAAAAGAAGUGCUGGAUUUACGGAUGAAGAAAGGGAUUCAUUCCAAAGGAAUUUCUUGGACAAGGGCUUCGUCGACACGUUUAGGAAACAGCACCCGAAUGCAGUCGGCUAUACAUAUUGGGGAUACCGGCAUGGUGCUCGAAAGACCAACAGAGGUUGGAGGCUCGACUAUUUUCUUGCCUCAGAAUCGAUUGCAGGCCGAGUCUACGAUUCGUACGUCCUCCCCGAUGUGGCUGGAAGCGAUCACAGUCCUAUUGGCCUCAUUCUCCAACUAUGAGGUGAUUAUAAUUUAUAUUUGCCUUGGUCUGAAACCUGACCUGAACUUAUUCAAUUUUGAAGAUUGCUCGGAAGGCUCAUUUUGAU